GAUCGAUAACUCGAUACAGCUUCAGAACUCAGAAGACGAGCCGUGCGGGACGUGUGUUAACAAGUUGUUCUAAUUUGUUAUUUAAAUACUUGCGUUGUGUUCAGAAUGUUGUAAUUUAAUCUUGUGUCAAAAAUAAUAUUUCUGAUAUGAUGGCUGUGUAUAAAUCACUUUGUUUUGUCCUCUUCGCUACUGCUUCUGCUGAAUUUGUUUGGAAGCAUCAUAAUAACGAAGAGUUACCUUUAGUUUUAGAUGAAGUUCAUGAAAAGUGCCCUAAUAUUACUAGGGUUUACACAUUAACUGAGCCAUCUGUAAGGAAUGUUCCCCUAUAUGUAAUAGAAUUUGCCGACAGCCCUGGAUUCCAUCAACCUUAUAAACCCGAAGUAAAAUAUGUAGGGAACAUACACGGAAAUGAAGUGCUUGGCCGAGAAUUAUUAUUGGGUCUUGCGAAUUACCUUUGUGAUCAGUAUAAUAAGCGAGACCGUCAUAUUAGGACUCUAAUUCAUAACACGCGCAUACAUUUACUGCCUUCUAUGAAUCCUGAUGGCUGGCAAUUAUCUACAGACACAGGAGGUCAGGAUUAUCUCAUCGGACGAAAUAACAAUCACUCCGUCGACUUAAACAGGAACUUUCCAGAUCUUGAUGCAAUCACAUUUGAGUUUGAGCGUCAGGGUAUCAGCCACAAUAACCACUUACUGAAAGACUUGACUCGUCUCGCUGCCCCGUUGGAGCCUGAAACAAGAUCUGUAAUGCGAUGGAUUAUGUCCGUGCCAUUUGUGUUGAGUGCGGCAAUGCAUGGUGGGGACUUAGUGGCCAAUUAUCCCUAUGAUGAGAGCAGGAGUGGUGCUCCUGUGUCUGAAUACUCUGCUAGUCCUGAUGAUGAUACCUUUAGGGAGCUGGCGACGACGUACGCGAGCGCGCACGCCGACAUGUCGUCGCGCAGCCGCGCCGGCUGCCACGCCGGGCCCGACGACGCCGGCGCCUACAACUUCGGCAAGCAGGGCGGCGUCACCAACGGCGCCGCCUGGUACAGUCUCAAGGGAGGAAUGCAAGAUUUCAAUUACUUGGCAACGAAUGCGUUUGAAAUAACCCUCGAGCUGGGUUGUCAGAAGUACACUCCCGAGAAGGAACUAAAGAAUGAGUGGGCCCGCAAUAAGGACGCUCUGCUCGCUUUCAUAUGGAAGGCUCACACCGGUGUAAAGGGCAUUGUUAGCGACGACUCCGGUUUCAUACAGAACGCUAUUAUAUCCAUCGUCAACAUCACUGGACCUGUUCCUCGACCCAUUCGACAUGAUAUUACCACCGGCGCGUACGGCGACUACUACCGACUCCUGACUCCCGGACAUUACGAAGUUACUGCGAAUCAUCCCGGCUACUUCCCAGUUUCCCGCAUCGUCACUGUUCCGAAACACCAGACAUCCGCCAGAGUCGUCAACUUCAGACUUGAGCCUACGACGAGCUGGUUCGACGACUACAGCUCGUUCGGGCUGUACCCGCACGGGCUUCGCGACGGACAGCCGCGCAUCUACAAGCGCGACCUCUACCGGCAGCUCACCGACGCGCUGCUCGACCACCGCGACUCGCACUAGCUGCCCGAAAGAUCUGCUACUCUAUCCUGGAAGUAACUAAAAUGACUAUGCUGGAUCGUAUGUUGCACCGCCUGACGUAUCCGUAUUUUAAUGCGUUUCUACUUUAAUAUAAAAAGAUUUGUCUGUCUUUUUGCGUCAUCUAGCCAAAUAUAAAAAAAAUAUUGUGCCCUUUUCCUAUUUUAAAUACUAGUAAAAAUAGUAAAUAUUGUUUUUGGACUCGUUGGGGCGCUAAAAUUUCGAACGUGUCAAAACUUGGCGUACUGAGAAACAUGUUCUGUUAAUUCUAAUUCGUGUUCUAUACAGAGUAGCUUCAUUCGUAAACAUAAGAUACUUUUGAAGCUUGUAGAUGGUUGGAUACUUUAUUCGAUGUCUUUAGUUCAUUGAAAUCGAUACGUACGUAGAUAAUGUGACGUCAUUGUGCGGUUUUAUUUGGACGAAAAUCGCCGAAAUUUAAUUAUACGAAAUGAAUAAUAAACUACAAACUAAUAAGAUAUAUCUAUAUUUAUUAUGACUAUUAUUUUUGUAAAUACUUUUAAGGUAAAUAAUAAUAAUAUAAAUUCAGUUACCACAAACAUUCAUCAUAUACGUUUCCUCGUAUCAGGCAAUUCAUGUAAAGAUUUUUUUAUUUCGUUCACAAUAACAAAUCUUCAGUAACAUUCAUAUAUAUUUUAUUAAGAUAAGUUACAUUAUCGUUCAAUUAUUAAAUUUAAUUAUUCGAUUACGUUUUUGUGCAUUCCAAGACGUAAAUGGUCUACGAUUAUUACGACAUAAUUUUUAUCAAUAAAACGUUAAGAUUUCAAUUUUAAAAUGCGUGUGUAGUAGUAUUUGAUGUUAUUAUAAUGUACAAUUAAUUAUAUACAGCGUAAACAUUAUUAUUUUCACACUUAAACUGUUUACAAAUAUAAAAGAAUAAUGUUUGUACACUACAUUCCAAUGGCAGAAAGUGUAAAAAUAAUCAAACCUUAGAUUAACAUAUUCCAUGGAAUUUGCUAAUUAUGUAUUUUUAACAGUCAUGAUGAUGUUCGUCAACCAAGUUGGAAUAAUUCGUUCACCUUGAAAGCUUUCAUGGCGUUCCCUACGUGAAUAGUUAAAGCUGCAGGAAAAUAAUGUAUGGUAUUAUUUCUCAUGAAAGGUUCUAACAAAAAUCCGCGAUAGCGUUAUAGCGCGAUAAUUUUUUUAAUAAAUAAUCGAUAUAUUCAUUGUAACCAUUAUUAUUGUUAAAGUAAAUACUUUGAAAUAUAAAUAAAUAAUACAUUAAUUAUAACAUUUCAUGUCGAUAAUUAUUGCCUAAAUAAUAUUUUGUUAAGUUUUAAAUAAACGCAUGAAAAAGUACGCAGGGCGUGUUGUCAUGCCCUUAGUACGGGCGAAUGGAUCGUUUAAUGAUUGUUUAUAUCUCUGGUAGCACGAGAUAAAACCCUUAUGAAAUCCGGACGGGAGUUUAUAAUAAAACUUUGUUCCAUUCAGUAGAAUGGAACAAUUAAUAUCUACUUCCAAAGUUUCGAUAACAAUUUCGCUGACUUUCAAAACGCUAUUUUCAUGAAUCCAUAGAUUAUAUUACAAGUUGUUAAUUUAUCUCCAUUUCUGCCAUUGGAAUUGGUUAUAAAUUCGACUCUUAUUUUAUAGAACAACUUUAUUAUAAUUGUUUAUAUCAAUUGAUACAGAUGAAAGUUUAAUUAUAAUUUAUUUUCGACACUAACUUUACCUCUGCUCAAAGAGACAGAUGAAUUAUAUUUUCUAUGUAAUAUGUAUAAUUUUAUGCCUAAUAGUUACCAAUGUUUAAUUAUAUUUGUUAAAAUAAAAAAAAAAGAAUCUAUUGUUUGUAUUAUCAAUAUUAUGUCGUCGGAAUUUUUUUUCUAGUCUAAAUCAAUGUAUGUAUGUCUUUGAUUAAUAUAAAUUAAAUAAUAAACUUUAACAACCCUUAAAGUUCCCUUACAUUUUGUGUAAUCAUUGACAUUUCAUAAUAUCUUGUAAAGAAAACUGACUUGAAUGCUAUGUAACUGAAAUAAUCCUAUAAUUCGUGUAAAGUAAUAGUUAUAUGUGAUUUCGAUUGUCUUUAUAAUAAUAAUGUAGUGUAAAACACUUAUUAAAUAAAUAUUUAUGCAAUCAA